AUGGCCCUCCACGACCAGGCGCCGCCGAUCACCCUGGACCGCGCGAGGUCCAUCGCUCGCAUCCACGGCCAGGACCCACAGGAGCUGGAGCCGCAGUUCGGCUUCGUGCUCGCCCACAUCCACAACGCGCUCCCCGCCCCGCCCGCCGCCGCCGCCGCCGCCGCUCGCCUCUCCGCCCAACUGGAUCCCGGAGACGGGAUCGACCGCGUCAGCGGGCUCCCCGACGCGCUCCUCCGCGACAUCGUCUCGCGCCUCCCGGUCAAGGACGCCGCGCGCACCGCCGCGCUCUCCCGCCGCUGGCGCCCGCUCUGGCGCGCCGCCCCGCUCGUCCUCCUCGAUAACCACCUCCUCCCGGACGGCGCCGCUCCCGACGACGAGAUCCCCAACAUCUACCUCGAACACGCCGACUCCCGCGCCGUCGCCACCGCCCUCUCCUGCGUCCUCGACGCGCACCCGGGCCCUUUCCGCUGGGUCCGCCUCGCCAGCUGCUACAUGGACGAGGAGCGCGGCCAGGUCGCGCGCUGGCUCCAGCACCUCGCCGUCAAGGGCGUCCAGGAGCUCUUCCUCAUCAACCGCCCGUGGCCGCUCGCGGUCGACCUGCCCGUCCCCACCGCCUUCUUCAGCAUGGCCGCACUCACUCGCCUCUACCUCGGCUUCUGGAAGUUCCCCGACACAGCAGGCCUCCCGCGCGGCGCCGCUUUCCCUCACCUCCGCGAGCUCGGCCUCUGCGACGUUGUAAUCGACAAUCACGACAUGGACUUCGUCCUCGCCAGGAGCCCCGUGCUGGAGAUCCUCUGCUUCGAAAGCCACAUGCUUCCCCCACUGCGUCUCCGCCUUGUCAGCCGCAGCCUCCGGUGUGUGCAGAUGCAUGCGUCCAAUGUGGAGAGCAUCGUGGUGGUGGACGCCCCACGUCUCGAGCGGCUCUUCGUGCGGUUUGUGCCUAUCGAAGUCCCGUGGUGCAGGAUCAAGAUUGUCUGCUGGGACAGUGGUGAACCCAAGAACUAUGGUCCCGGCCCAACUGUCAAGAUCCUGGAUGUAAAUGUGCGAUUUGAGGUCCGCAGUGAUGUCAAGAUGCUGCCUAGCUUCCUCAGAUGCUUUCCCAACAUUGAGAAGCUGCAUAUUCAUUCGCAGAAAACUCGUGAAUCCACUGGGAGGCUCAGUAUCAAGUUCUGGCAGGAGUCUGUUUCUGCAAAAUGUCUUGAUGCUGGUGAAAAAUAG